AGUGAGCCAAAAAUGUGGUUUAUUAUUGGUGCUAUUCUUAGUUUUAGUGUUACAAUUUGGGUGUAUGCUUUGAAAAAUCCCAAAUAUAAUGGAAAGCUUCCAAAAGGUUCAAUGGGUUUUCCAUUUGUUGGUGAAUCAACCCAGUUCUUUGCUCCUAAUCCCUCUUUUGAUUUAUCUCCUUUCAUCAAACACAGAAUUCUCAAGUAUGGACCAAUUUUCAAAACAAGAUUAGUGGGGAAACCAUUAAUAAUCUCAGCAGAUGCUGAACUAAAUCAUAUUAUAUUUCAAAAAGAGGAAGAAUUAUUUGAGUGUUGGUAUCCAGAGACGUUCAGAAAAAUAUUUGGAGUAAAAUCUGUGGGGUCAUUGCAUGGUUUUAUGCAUAAAUAUUUGAAGAAUAUGAUCACUAAUGUUUUUGGAAUUGAAAGUUUGAAAAAUAUGAUUUCUGAAGUUGAAGUUACUUCAACUACAAGAUUGAAGAAAUGGGCUUCUCAUAAUGAUAUAGUUGAAUUGAAGGAUGAGAUUGCAAAUAUGAUAUUUGAUUUAAGUGCAAAGAGAUUGAUUAGUUAUGAUCCAGAGAAGUGUGGAGAAAAUAUGAGAGAGAACUUUGUUGCAUUCAUUCAGGGUUUGAUCUCUUUCCCUAUUGAUAUUCCUGGAACCUCUUACCACAAAUGCUUGCAGGGUAGAAAAAGAGUAAUGAGGAUGCUGGAAAAUAUACUAAAAGAAAGGCAGCAAAACCCAAGGGAACAACAAGUUGAUUAUUUUGAUUUCGUUAUUCAAGAACUUAAAAAAGAUGGAACUCCUCUCACACAACAAGUUGCUUUGGACUUGAUCUUUUUGCUUCUUUUUGCAAGCCAUGAAACCACUUCUAUUGCUUUGACUUUAGCCAUCAAAUUUCUCACAGACCAUCCCCACGUCUUAAACCAGUUAACGGCAGAACAUGAGGGAAUAUUGAAGAAGAGGAAAAAUAAAAGUGAUAAGAUUAGUUGGAACGAAUACAAAUCCAUGACAUUUACAUUCAAGUUUAUGAACGAAACAUUGAGGUUGGCAAAUAUUGCUCCAGGGAUAUUUCGACGAGCAUUAAGAGAUGUUGAGUUCAAGGGAUACACGAUCCCAGAAGGAUGGGCUGUCAUGGUUUGUCCUCCGGCCAUUCAUUUGGAUCCAAAAGCUUUCGCUGACCCACUUGCAUUCAACCCAUGGCGAUGGGAUGAGGAACAGAGAUGUGAUGGGGCAUCGAAGAAUUUCAUGGCAUUUGGUGGUGGAAUCAGAUUUUGCAUUGGUGCUGACUUUGCCAAAUUGCAAAUGGCUGUGUUUCUCCAUCACUUGGUUACCAACUACAAGUUGAAGCCAAUUAAAGGAGGCAAUAUUGUUCGAACCCCAGGCGUUCAAUUUCCUGAUGGCUUUCACGUUCAGAUCCUAAACAAAGAUUAGUAACCAAAACAUUCUGUAAUUUCUAUUACUCUUCUAAUUAAAUAAUAUUAAUUACCCUUAAAUUAGUGCAUUUAUUGUUAUAAUUUCUUCCUAAGAAGAAAAAUGGUGUGUAAGCUAAGUAUAUGUAUACAUAGAAGAAUGGCAAUGUUUGAUCCAACAAUAUAAUAUACUACAUUAUCAUGGUUUAAUACUAAUCAGUCUUUAGUUAUUAAACACAAAGAAAUGAGGAAAAAACAAAAGUAACUAAUUCUAUAUUAAAAAUAAGGAGUGUAGAAGAAUAUGUUAGAUUAAUAGAUAUCGUUUACCAAAUAUUAU